UAACAAAACUUUUCACAAUGAGUGUAUCAGAUUUGUAUCAGACUUAUCAUUAUAUACAGAAAUCCCGUGGUGGACGGACGUUCGUAUUCGGCGCUUAUUAAACUUUAUAGUUAAGUGAAUCGAAACUUAUUGCACAACUACGAAAAUAUAUUGAAAAGUAAAUUAGGAGAAUGAGCGGAAUACAGAAGGGGGGGAUGGGGGAAGGCGUGCAGGUGGUGAAGCUGGGCGAGCGCGAGGGCGCGGCGCGGUACGAGCUGGACGAGGGGGCGCUGCGCCGCGUGCUGCUGCGCGAGGACGUGCGCGGCCUGCCCGUGGUGGUGGUCAGCGUCGCCGGCGCCUACCGCGGCGGCAAGUCCUUCAUUCUCGACUUCUUCCUCAGAUACCUCAACGCUCCUCGCUGUGACCAGCAGACCGGAGCGUGGCUUGGUAAUGAGGAUGAGCCUUUGCAAGGGUUUCACUGGCGAGGAGGCAGCGAGCGAAAUACCACCGGCAUCCAUCUCUGGUCGGAACCUAUUAUUACUACACUGGAAACAACUGGAGAAAAGGUGGCUGUGCUGUUGAUGGACACGCAGGGCACCUUCGACACGGAGACGACUAUCGGUCAGAAUUCGACAAUCUUCGCGCUAUCCACCCUCAUCUCGUCCGUGCAGAUCUACAACCUGACCGGUAACAUCAAGGAGGAUGAUCUACAACACUUACAGUUGUUCACGGAGUACGGUAGGCUCGCGUGCAAUUCGACGUCCAAGGCGUUCCAGACUUUACUGUUUCUUGUCAGGGAUUGGCCGCACGCCUUCGAGCAUCCUUAUGGCUUCCUGGGCGGAUCUUCGUUACUCAAUAAGAGGCUUCAGGCGAAGGUGAACCAGAAGGCAGAGUUGCGGCAGGUUCGGGAACAUAUUCGUUCGUGUUUUGACGAUAUCAAGUGUUUCCUUAUGCCACAUCCAGGCCACAGCGUCGAAGACUUCAAGUUUACAGGGUGCCUUCGUGAUUUGAGGGAACAUUUUAGACUAGCCCUGAUAGAGUUAGUACCUUCUCUGUUCGACCCGAAAUACCUCACCCCAAAGCUGAUUAGCGGUGAACGCGUCACUACCCAAGACUUAUUUGAUUACUUCAAGACGUACGUCGGUAUCUUUAAUAGUGAUGAAGUUCCUGAGGCCGUGACAAUAUUCAAGGCGACGGCAGACGCGUGUCUGCUGGCGGCGACCCGCGAGGCGCGCGAGCUGUACUCGCAGCUCAUGGAGGCGCGCGUGCGCGACAACUUCAGUGUCAGCAACGCCACGCUCACUGCCUGGCACGAGCAAGCGCGGGACCAAGCCCUGAGACGCUUUGUGGGAAAGAAGAAACUGGCCUCUCAAGCCGACGUCGACACUCAUCUGGAAGCACUUAAAAAGGAGUUGGGUGCGAGGUUGUCCCAGUACUUGUGGAACAACGACAUAAAGGUUCGCGAAACAAUGACUAGUGCCACGGAAGCGUAUGAGGCGGCGGUGAGCCGCGUGUGUGCGGAGCACGCGCGGCUGUGCCUGCACCCCCACGACAUGGCCGACCUGCACGCGGGAGCUCUGGGACAGGCGACAGACGUCUUCGAUGCCGCCAGGGAGGUGCCCGAAGGCGAAGAAGACGAUAGAAUUUCAGAAUUAUUAUGUAAGUUGCAGCAACGCUACGAGCACUUGUGCGUCAUCAACGAGCAGAACAACAAGAGUAGCGUGAUGGAGGCACGAGAAGCAUACGUGAGGCGAAUGAAGCUGGAGAUGGACCAGUCGGGCGUCAGCUCCGAGCGACUCUCCACGCAGCACCGGGAAGCAGUCGACUUCGCUACAACUUCCUUCUACGCGAGGAGGAACCUUCCCACGCGGCGAGACGACGAUCCUCAUGCGGAACGACUUCUACAAGACAUUGGUGAAUAUUUUGUGGAAUUUGAAAAGGCGAAUGUAAACAAAAAUAAGAUGGCUCUGCAUGCCGCUGAGCAUGUGUACAACAACUACAUGGUGUCAGAGUGGGGCCCACAAAUGUGCUGCUUCCACCCGAAAGCUCUUGACGAUCUACAUAACAAAGGCAAGCAGAUGGCCCUCGAGCAGUUCCUCUCAAACCGAGUGGAUAGCGAAGAUGAUGAAUAUAAGGCAGCGUUAGUCAAGAAUCUCGCGAUGCGUCUGGCUGAGCUGCACGAAGUGAAUGAGUUCAACAAUAAGCAAGCGGCGGAGCAAGCGCUGAGGCUGUACCAGACGCUGAUGGAUAAGUACAGCCGGCCGUCUGCUGUCUCCAUCUUCGUGAUUCCCUUCAUCAUCAAGCUUUUCGGGGAAUUGCCCGCGCGUCACGAAGAAUCCAAGGAUGCUGCAAUCAGAGAGUUCAUGAAAUGGCGCCGUGGUACCGAUUACAGCAAUGACGCUCAUUAUAACAGACUGGUCGAGAGAAUUGGAGAAGUUUUUGAAAUCAUCAGGCAUCCAUUUCUUGCUAUUUUACGAGAGACUGGUAUUUACAAAGGUUAACCGAGGAAGACGGAAACAUCGACCUAUUUUAGGAAUAAUAAACAAAAUUGUAUUUUCUGUUGUUUAGUACAUAUUUUUACCUCUAUUUGUAAUCGGCUUGUUCUGAAAAUGUUAUUUUAUGAUGCAUAUGAUAUUAUAGAUCUUUCUUACCUAGUCUAACUUUCGUUAUAAGAUUGUGAGCAAUUGCUUUUCUAAUUUUAUUUGUGUUUUGUGUGAUAAUCUAUAUCUUUAGUUUAGAAACUGUAAUAUUACCUUUUGAUACAAUAAAAUAUGUAUAAGUACGUC